CAUCGCAAUUGCACCAAUUAGAAUGUGAUUCACCAGCUUUUUGCAAGCAAAACAAGGAAACGUGGCAAGCAGAAGCAGCAGAGAGAGAGAGAGAGAGAGAGAGAACAUAAGACGCACUUUGCCUGCAACUUGCCCUUCCACAACUACCCAUGUUUUGACAUCGAAAACUUCACUCUCUCUCCCCUAUCCCCUGGGUUUCUGUCAAAAUAGCUCAGGAUGUGAGAUCUAGAACAAUCCCUCUUGGAAAUAACAAAACAGGGCUUAAUUUUGACAGAAAGUGCUGGGACAGUUUCCUUUUAUGCAAGUCCUGCCUAGUUCAGCAGAAUAUAGACUGGGCAGGUUACAACUCCACACCCAUCCCUACACAGGCUGUUCUCCAGCUCAGAGAAGUCAGGUCCAGCCAAACGAACCAGAAGCAUUGCUACUUGCAGCUAAAGACCACAAGAUUGAUGCUGACCUCUCAGGUGAUAAAAUCCACACAACAAAACCAAAGAUGACACUCUCCAGAGGGAAGACAGCUCUGCUAUCGAUUUCCUUCUUGGCAAUAUUAUCACUGGCAAUUUUUGCUUACCUGGACAGUGAUGGAACAUUAAUAUGGAUGUACAAGAACAGGAGCCUAAAGAUUUCCCAAUUGAAAAACCAGACAGAGCAGUGGCUGGCCAUAAGCAACUGGUUUAACUCAAGAUACGAAUUUGCGAAUAAAGAACCAAAGGGGUUGUCAUUGGACAGCUGGUUUGAUUCACGCGCACGAACGGACAUGCCCACCCUGACCCCUUGGUCGGCGCCCAUCAUCUGGGAUGGAACAGUCGGGAGACCGGUCUUGGACAACUACUAUAAGCAGCAGAAAGUCACCAUUGGCCUGACGGUUUUCGCUAUUGGGAGGUACCUAGACAAAUACUUGAAGAACUUCUUGACUUCUGCAAACGCUUUCUUCAUGACUGGGCACAAUGUGAUCUUCUACAUCAUGGUGGACGACCUCACCAAAGUGCCUCUUAUUGAGCUGGGCCCCCUGCGGGUGCUGAAAGUCUUCCAGGUGAAAAGGGAGAGCCGGUGGCAAGACAUCAGCAUGAUGCGGAUGAAGGUGAUUGGGGACCUAAUCGAGAGCCACAUCCGCCACGAGGUGGACUUCCUCUUCUGCAUGGAUGUUGACCAGGUCUUCCAGAGUGACUAUGGGGUGGAGACCCUUGAUGAGUCUGUGGCCCAGCUCCAUGCUUGGUUUUACAAUGCAGACAAUACUGCGUUCACUUAUGAGAGGCGUCCUGAGUCGGCUGCGUACAUCCCCUAUGGGGAAGGGGACUACUAUUACCAUGGGGCCAUAUUUGGGGGGACCCCACUGCGUGUUCUGAACCUCACCCGUCAAUGCUAUCAAGGCAUCAAGGAGGACAAGGAACACAACUUUGAGGCGGUGUGGCAUGACGAAAGCCACCUGAACAAAUAUUACCUCCUCAACAAACCAACCAAGGUGUUAUCCCCUGAGUACUGCUGGGAUUAUAAAAUUGGCAUCCCCAGCGCCAUAAGAAAUGUCAAGUUAUCCUGGAUGCCCAAAGAAUAUGGUGAAGUUAGAAGUAACUUAUGACUCCGCGGCCCUCCUCAAAUCACGCCGGCAGGGGUCGACGAACUGUUUCGGUCGCAGAACCGUUUGAGCAUUUCAACUCUCGUCCUCUGCAGGAAGGAGAACAAACUUUGCCAAAAUAUUUUAGUUCACUAAACUGUGACGCUCUCUCAGCUCUUCUCUAUAGAUUCCUUGGAAGGCUUGUAGGAACCAGGUGUCGGAAGAGCCUUUUACGAACAGGUUGUUGAUUUGGUUGCUGAUCUUUUGCUCUCAGGAAAUUCUGUUGAUGUUGGGAACAUUUGUGGAAGCAGCACACAGAUACGUGCCAAGCUAAGAUCCCUCCACAGUGUGGCACGGUGACAUCAGAGAGGUUGGCAAGAUGGUCAUUGUAUUCCUUGGAUGUGCAAAGAAGGGAGAGUUGGAACCACCAAGGGGUCAGGAGGGUAGCAGUAAAUGGGGGAGGGGUGGUGUCACCAAGGCCAGGAGGUUGCAGGAAAGCCGGUGCAAAUGCAGAAGGUCACUGAGAAUGUCAGAAUGUGUGUGUUUUUAAACAAAGAUUUUUGAAUGACGGUCUAAUUGUUCAGUUUUGUUUCCCCCCCAAAUGAGGAUCACUGUACAGACAACAUAAACCUCAAUGGGGGCAAUGUGAGGGGGGUCUCACUUUAUUAAUGCCAAUUUGGGGGUUUUUUGCUACCAAAGAACAGGUUCAUGUCGUCGUUUGUUUUUAAAAGCAAAGAAACAUGUUUCCUUAGCUGCCGUCCAGUGGUUGAAAGCUCCCUCAUUUUGCUACAUUUGUUCUCUUCUUCACGUAUAUCAUUUUCCCACCUUAAAUCUUGUUUUGGCUGCUGCCCAUGGUGGUCCCAAUUGCUACAACAUCUUUCCCUCGCCGGCAGGUGCUGUCUUACGGGGUUCCAGACAGGGAGUUGUUCUGGGGCAUUGUGGAAGGCCGUAAAGGUGGCAUCUCCCACGGCCUACCACUUUUUGCGGCAGUUGCUAUGUCAUGUCCCCGCACACAACCUCGUGGAAUGAUGACCUGUUGGUGCACUGUGGUUAAGUAACAUGGCAGCCACAGAGUCAACUGCUGAGAAUAUCUGUGUUAGAAGAAGAAGAGUUUGGAUUUGCUAUCCCACUUUAUCACUACCCAAAGGAGUCUCAAAGCGGCUAACAUUCUCCUUUCCCCUUCCUCCCCC